ACCUCGUGUAUCAUCAUACGCCCAAAACACCCAACAACCAACACUUCGUUAUCAUCAAAGUAACCCAGAGUUGCCUCGACAUGUGCAUGGAAGUAACAACAUUUACCACCAAGUACCAGACGGCCGCAGAACUCGUCGUGAGGUGCGACAUUCUCACCGAAUAAGUGGCGAGUCAUAUAACUGGAAUAAUGACACAGCAAAAAAUGAACCACAGAAACCCCAGUCGCCGAUCGUUGUUCCUCCUCUUCAUCUUGACAACCAUACACCAAAAACUUCGAACUACGUCCCUCCAACGCCAUCCAGUGACCCAGUUGAGUUCCGACAUCGAACACGAACGACAUCGUUGUCGCCUCGUGAGUUGAUACCUCACCAACGUCAACCUAAUACAUACUUCUCUUAUGAAAAAGAUCCAGAAAUAAGACAAGUUAUUCAAAUGUUGCGACACCCUUCAUACCAGGUUGUGUCCAAUGCAGCUGCUUACAUACAACACUUAACGUAUGCUGAUGAUAAUAUGAAAGCUGUUAUACGUAGGAUGGGGGUGAUACCUCUACUAGUAAACUUGCUUCACCACCAUGUUAUUGAGGUGCAGAGAAAUGCAUGCGGUGCAUUGCGUAACAUGAUAUAUGGACGGAGUAACGACGAUGCUAAGAUCAUCGUCCGUAACUGUGGGGGGGUGUCAUCGUUGACACAUGUGCUUAACAACACAGAAGAUCAUGAAAUGAGGGAAUUAAUAUCAGGUGUGUUGUGGAAUCUGUCUUCAUGUGAUGUGCUUAAAACACCAAUCGCUGAUAGUGCCAUCCCGGUCCUUGUAUCGCGCAUUGUACUUCGGUAUGUGAAUAUGCUGGAGCCAGACCGGUUUGCUCUGCCUUCAACCGGUUCUAUGGAGUUUGGUGGAUCACAUACCGAUAUGACUACCAGUGAAUUCACCAUUGAUAACCACUGGACCACUCUAUUUGUAAACGCAACUGGCUGUUUAAGAAAUGUAAGUUCGGCCGGUGUUGAGGUUCGGUGUAAGAUGAGGUCGUGCGUCGGGCUCGUGGAAGCUUUGCUUGUGGUGUUGGAGAGUGUAAUCGGCAAAAAUGAAGUCGACAGUAAGGGUGUGGAAAACUGCAUGUGUGUUCUGAGGAACCUCUCGUAUAGACUUGCUAUGGAGGUGGAUGCUGCUCAUGAUCCGAUGAGUAGGGAUGCGGAGGGGAGGAGGAGUGAUGAGAAGGAGGAGGAUUGUUGGAGGAGGAGAAAAGAGAAAAAGAGGAGAAGUUACCAGGAAACUCCUGAAAAAUCCCCCCAACUCUCAAAGCAUGUUACUGAUGGUCCCGAGCUGUUAUGGCAGCCUACUGUAGUUAGAAGAUACCUUGCUAUAUUAUCGGAGACUUGUAACUUUGGUACACUUGAAGCUGCUGCUGGUGCUUUACAAAACCUUUCAGCUGGCCAGUGGGUUUGGGCCGCCACAAUAAGACUUACAGUUCGCAAAGAGAAAGGCCUUCCUAUGCUUGUAGAGUUUCUACAUAUGCAGAACGAACGUAUUGUAACUGUCAUGUGUUCAGCCCUCAGGAAUAUGUCACUUGAUUUAAGGAACAAAGAAUUGCUGGGGAAACACGCCAUGUCAGAUUUUGUUGACCUUCUUCCCGUUGUCGAGCUCACACCUACCUUCCACAUUGAGAACUCGCCCAACUCUGCCCCAGCUUUACUCACCCAUCAACGUACAUUGCUGCUGGAAGCUGUAUGUGGAGCAUUGAGGGAGUUGGUCACAUCAAGCGUGGAUAACUCCAUGGCGUUGUAUAACGUGGGUGGGGUUCCGAGAUUGGUGGCCAUAAGUAAAAGCACACAUUUCAGGUAUCCACAACGGUUAGUCCAGUGUGCUGGGCGCGUUCUUUCACUUCUAUGGGAUCAUAAACCAGUAAGAAACGUGUUAAAACACGAUGGUUGGGGACCUUAUCACUUCAGCUUCACUGGAGUUCCAAGCUUUGCAAGUGUAGGCAGUCAAGUAUCUCCUUACACAAGUCCUGCUUCUAUGUCGCCUGAGGAACAAAGGCCAUACAGAGUUUCCACAUCUUACGCUUCCACCCAAUCCAACGUAUUCCGUGAAACCCCCCUUCCUUCACCCAGGUAUCGAACCCACAGCCCCCCAACUUCACCCCACACCCACCUCGUAUCCCCUGACCCCAACUAUGUCACCCUCAUUCAACCGGAAGGGCUCGACUCAUGGGUUUAGGCCCCAUUUACCCCCCAAAAUCCCCCCCCAAAAAAAUUUACUCCAGGAAUUUUACCCAACAUCAUGUUGUAUAUAGUUUGACAAAUCGGUUUCUAAAAGGAUUGUGUGUGUAAAAGCAACCAUUACAAACAUAGGCGCCUAUCUUUUGUAAAACCAGGGUGGUCUUUGGGUCAUAUCCCAUGUUAUUGAUAAAUCCCACUAAUAUAUACGACAAUAUGUAUCUAGGUUAUUCACAUAUGGUAUCAUAGUCUAUACAAAUACAUUGGGUGAGUUAAACUACAGCACAUCCAGAGAUUGUGGGUUAAACAUGGAAACGUACGUUCUAUUAAAAGUGCCAAACAAUACUGGUGAAAAUGUUGGAAAUUAACAUUCGUUGCAAAACCUGAUUUUCCAGCCAUUUUUAAAUUGACUAUUAUUCCUGGUUUAAACCUUAUUUAAAUUAGCCUUUAUUUAAUUUUUUUAAACUGGUUUUUUACCGGCCUUUAAAUUUUUUUGGUAACUUUUCAUAUAAUUUUACUGUUUUAUGAUUCCAUCCUUAGACUUUGUUGUUAGUUUCAUUGUCUAAUAGUUGCACAUUCAAUCUACGUGUAUAAGCUCUACAAUACGCAUGGUGCUAUUUGUUAUGAGCUUAUUAGAUUCCCUUGCGCUUGACGCUUUUUUUACACGAUCAUUUCUUGCCUUAUAGCGUUUUUUUACUUCUAUGCAAUAAUGAGAUAUUGCUACACGUUACAAUAAUGUCAUAUAUUUGUUUCUUGUUUUAAUUUUUUGAUUUUUUUAUGUCGAUUUUUUUAGAGUGUCACAAUUUUGUGUUUAUUUUUGAGUGUCACAAUUUUUAUUGUGUUUCAUGUUUUUCUAUUUUGUCGACGUUUUUAAUGAUUUUUUAGUGGGUGCUGUUUUUAACUUCUACAGUAGUUCAAUAGGGGAUAUAUAUAUUUUUCUACUACCAACCACUAACUAUAUUUUAUCGAUACAUUUUCACUCAUGAUUUUCAAUCGUCUCAGUUAUUACAUGUAUUUAAAUUAAACUUAAACUAACAUUUUUAAUACCUUUCUUCAUGUACUAAUGCAAUUGUGAAAUUUACUUUCAGUUUUUCUUCAAUUAAUUUAUAAAUAACUUCUGCAACAUUUUACACACCAUAAGCACCUUCUAUAUUUCAUUAAUCUUAGGUAAAAACUUUUCUGUAAAAUUUCGAAGCCAUAUUUCAUAUUUUAUUGAAGGAAAAUGUGUUUGUUCUUCAAGUUAACAACUUUUAAUAUUUUAACCUUUUGUUUCAUGUUUUAAUAAAUUCGAAGUAUGCAAUUAA